UGUGUAGUCGCUUGUGAUAACCGUAGAGGCAGUCGUAGGUUUUCCAACAACCGCGAAGGCAGCAUUACGACUAAUUGCGUGAGGCGUGUUUGGCCGUGCAAGGACACACGGGGUUGUAGCUAAUGACAUUUGUGUAAGUUAGAUAAGUAAUGCUCCUUAGCUUUUUUUUUCCAGAAUAUUGUACAGAACCUGGCAGGGUGAACAACCGCAUCUAGACAACACUGAGUGUGUUUUCGCCUGUAAAAGUUGGGAAUCAUCCAGACUCACAAGGUCUAUUUUUGCACCGUCCUGUGUGUGGUGGGUGAUGGUCAGCUGGUGACUGGGGUUGCCCCAGUAAAUGGCUGUAAGCAGAGGGGGUGUCGCUUUCUGGGUGGGAUGUGUCCGCAGCCACAGCAGAAGGCAACUCUUCAAAAGACAAGCUUGGACUUUCAGUCAGGCAGCUGACUGGCAAUGGAUCCAUCAUACCCACCCCCUGAGUAGUGCAUCAUGGGCCCUGGCACCCCCCAACAGCCUGAGAUAUCAGAACGUUAAGCAGCCAAUGCUGUCCCACCUGUUCCACAAUGUCAGCCAGCCUCAGAGAGGAAGUUACAGUGAGGAGGACUGGGAGCAGUCUCUUGGUACAUGUGUGCUGGUGCAACCAGGUGAACCAGACAGAUUCCACGCCCUGAUGGAAGUCCCACUGUUCAGUCACAAUAAACUAGGACAGCUCAUUGCUCCAGGAGCUCACAAGUCCUCUGAGUUCUCCUUCCUCUUGACUAUGGUGGAUGGCAACAGAGAAGAUGACAUCAGGAUUGACAGCUUCAAGAGAAGCGGUACUGAUGCUGUAAAGAGAGAACAUGGCUGUUUCAGAAGCUUGUUUGAGGCAGAGCGGUGUCCUGCACCAUUCGUGUACGGCUCCCAGUUUUAUUGUUUUCACUGCCCGGGCACAGAGCCGGUGCCAGGUAGCGGCCUGAAAUCUAGUCAGGUUAUUGGACUUAACAAGCCUGUGGAGCUGUCUCUGCUGCCUCGUACCACUCUGUGUUUUAAUGCAGAAAGAACAGAGGGAGAGCGUAUGGAAGGAAAUGGUGAAGGAGAGGAGAAACUGGCUGUGAUGUAUGAAAGACUGCGCAUAGAGCUUCCGAACUUCUUCAUGAAGAACCAUGAUUACACCAUGUAUUCCAGUGAUAUGGAGUUCAUCAAUGGCCUCGUGAAUACCAAGACCAGAGGUCGUGCGCUGUACCAGCUCACCAUCUUUCUGUGGCGUCUCCUGUGUCUGUGUUACUACGCUGAGCUUCAGCUGGAAGUACUGAAGCUUACCAAACACAUGGAGGAUGGGACUGUGAAGGCACGCUGGAGGAUCAGAGGCCUUCCCUUCCACUGUCUGCUGCUGCGCUUCUAUCGAAAAGACAAAUCUCAACUUUACAGGUUAUGUGAUGCGUUCUCUACGUUUUACAUUAAACAGGAUGGACUCAUUCACUGUCAUAAAAUUGAAAAGGUGAUGCCAGUUCAGCCCCCUGUGCUGCCCAGAGUAACUUCCCUCUUGGCAGGGGCUCUGGUGGCAAUGGGGGCGCAGGAGCAUCGGCCUGCUCUCAACCUGCUGCCCCUCCUCCUGUCCUCGCUGCGACAGAGCAAAAAUUGACACCAGGAUGAUCAUUAGAGGAAUAAUGGCCAGUGAAAUCAGCCGAGGUCCAUGUGACUCCGAAAAGUCUCAUACAUACAGAAACACAUUAAAAAGGAAGGAUAAAUUUUCUGUUGCAUCUGAAUUAAAUAUUAAGCAAGUA